UAGGCCUACAGGAAUGAAUUUGAUCUGUUCUAUGUGGUCAUUGUGUCAGGGUUCAGAGAAGAGCGCGCGGUGUCUGCUGGACGCGGCGGCCGCUCAGCGUUGGAUCACAGAGACUCUGAGCAGCAUCAGGACCGCUCGAGCAGUGCGGGCAGGAGCGGUGCUCGGACCCUGUGCCGGAGCUCACAGCAUCGCCUUCAUUGCCUGCAAGUGCUCGGACAGACGAGCCGCCGCCUGCGUGCUCCAGAUCGACCCAUCAGAAUCCAGUGAAUAUCUACAGAUGGUUCAGUCUGCAAGGAAUUCGGAGGAACAAAAUCUAGAGGCGUAUAUGAAGAACGGACAUCUCUAUUUUAGAGCCAUAAAGGACAUUCCUGAACACACAGAGCUUUUGGCUUGGUAUGGGAGAGAUCUAGCCAAACUGCUUGGCCUCAGCACUGAACGAAAGAACACAACAGGGUUCAUUUGCUUUCAGUGCAAACAGAAAUUCCUCUUUGAAUUCCCUCUUCUGGCACACCAGAGGUUCUUCUGCACAGAGAAACCCACAAACUUUCUGAAUACAUUCACCAGGCCCGAAAUCCAUCCACAGAGUAACAAACCCACCACAGACUUUCACAACUUAGCACGAGAGCUGGAGAACUGCAGGAAAAACAAAGAUACAAAAAACACCAAACGAAGACAUUCUCUGGAAUCAGACUCAGAUGAGAGCGACAGCGAACCCUCAUCGUUGGAUGGAGAUAAAAAGGUAUCAGUGAAAAGGUUUCGUCUUAAUGGAGUGAAUAGCCAUUCCUGGUCGUCAUCCAGCAAAACGUCUUUCAGCGGGAGUCCAAAUUUUCAGUUCAGCCCAACAAAGAGCCAUGACAACCCCACAGCAGAUCCAGACAGCGAGGAUUUAAGGUGUAACAAAAGAGUAACAAAGUCUGAAUUCUCCUCAAAAAAGUCGUCUGAUGUUCCAGAUGACCUGAAAAGCGCAUUUAAGCAACCUCCUCGCAUAACAUCCCAUAUCCCACUUCUAUCAGCCAGUUUUCCCAAAAACUCAACAUCAGUCCUUCCCAACAUUCUACCUCUCAACUUCCAGAGCUCUACUGUUCUAUAUAAGGAAAUUCCCAAACAGUUGGCUCUCAUUCCCAGUGCAAACCUUUGGCCUAAAACAUCCCGACAUCCGCCUACUCCUCCUCUUCAGUCGCUGUUACCUCGCCCUCUGUCGUCUUCUAUUGGUUUACCCAUGCAAAACUGGUGUGCUAAAUGUAAUAUCUCCUUCCAUAUGACUUCAGACCUGGUGCAGCACAUGAGGUCCCACCACAAGACGGCGCUGUCUGUCGAGAAACAAAACAGACGAGGAGACGAAAGGCUGAAGUGCCAAAUAUGCAACGAGGCGUUCAGAGAGCGCCAUCAUCUCUCACGUCACAUGACCUCUCAUAUGUAGCCCAUGAGAAAAAAACAUCGCACAAAAACUUAGUAAACAGAAAUAAUAUAUCAUGAAGUGGGUAACUUGUGUGUGCCCUAAUGCUAUUCAAGGGUGUACACCACAGGUGUCAAACUGGAGGGCCAUAGCUCUGCACAGUUUUGCUCCAACCUUAAUUAAACACACCUGAUUCAAUUAAUUGAGUCCUUCAGGCUUGUUUGUAACGAACAAGUAGGUGUGUUGGACCAGAUAUUGGAACUAAACAGUGCAGGGCUUGAUACCCCAUGAGGUUACAAGAGAGCAUUUGAAAAGGGCAGAAAAUAGAUUAUUCUUGCUAAAAAAUAAUUUAAUUUAUUUAAGUAAUUAUUUACUAUAAGUUAUUUACUAUUUAAUAAUUUAGUAUUUAAAUAUAGUAAUUUAAGAAUUUUAAAAAGUGAUUUCAGACUCAGACAUGCAAACCCUGAAAAGUCUUAAAACUACCUACUACAAGUAGCUUUUCUUUUUGUUUUGUAGGUGUGUUUUAAAAAUGAAUAUGAUUAGAUGGUUUUAGAAUUAACUAAUAGUGUUUUUAUUAUUAUUAAAUAAAAUAUUUGGGUAACUCUGCCAAAAAAUAGCCAAUUUAUUUGAUAUUUAAAAAAAUAUAUUUUUAAUAACACUGUAUUUUAUCUUUCGUGCCCAUUUGGGAUGUGUGUUAACUAAUUUUGUGGGGGGAAAAUGUUGUAUAAAUUAAUAUAGUUCAAUGCUAUUAGUUUUAUUUUUAAUAAAAUAAAAGCAAAGCUUUUUGUGAAUAUUUGUAUGUCCUUCUGUUCAUUGUAUUAUUUGGACAUUGAAUUGGUACUGGUCACUUUUCAUGCGUUUAUUGAUGCAUAUUGAUUUCUGAUAUAACACUUUUAUUUAUUCUAAAACCCCUUUGGGUUGUGAAUUAAAAUAAAAGUAAAAUAACUGAUUCAAAUGUACUUAAAAUGAAUUUGUGCUGUUUUAUUUUUAAUAAAAAGAAAUGUAGGCAAAUAUUUUCAGAAUAUUUGCAUUAUUGGGAUUCUGAAUUGUCACUGGAGCUCUUUCAUACAUUUCUUCGCAUUUUGAUGUGUGACAUGAAAAAGCAUUCAGUAAAUAAAUGCACUUGAUUGCCAAUUGAUUAGUAUAUUUAGUAGAUAGAAUCUAUUAACGUUUUGUGAGUAUUGGUAUUUAACACCCAAAUAGUCACAUUUAAACUUCACAUAAUUUUAAAAAUCCGUUAUUGUAUUGUAAAAUAAUUGAUAUUUAGGAUUUUACAUUCAAACAAAUGAUUUAUGAGGUUAAUAUUUCCCCCUCUAUCCUAAUACAUAGUUCUGGUUUUGUAAAAGAAAAUGAUGCUAUUUAUAUGUUUAUGUUUAUGUGUUAACUGGAAAUAAAACUAUUUUAAACAUCU